AAGAGUGCAGAUCUGCUCUGGGAGCUGCAGCCACAUCCAGGAAGUGCUCUGUCUGGGAAACGCUUUCUUCCCCGACCUGGAGAGUCAACUCCCAGUUGGCGAAGUCUUCUAGGUUAAUUGUUAACCACACUUUUAUCUUUUAAAUAGCAACAAUAACUUUCAAAAACGGGAGCGAUGGAAGUCGACUCAGUGUUCUACACUGAUUGUAGUGGAAAAGUCACCAGUAAUCCACUGCUGGACCAGCUCCCGAGCUACCAGUCCCUGCUGUACCGCAGGAAGUCGUCGGCUGCUGGCACCAAACGAAGAAAUAGCUCUAGAAUGCGUCUUGGCUCCUCUGGCAGUGGGAAAUGGGCCUCGAGUACCAUCAGCAGACAGGAGGAGAAGAUGGCGCAGAGACCCAUCAGGGAACUAGCCAAGACCAUGGCUGAGAAACGCAGAGACAAAACACAGCGCCUGGAGGAAGCUUGUGACCUCAGCAGCUGGAGACAGUGGAGGCAAAGCACUCACAUGUAUCUGAGGAAGCUGAAGGUGGAAUCCCAAGAAUUGCUGCUCUCACUACAGCUCUGGAGGGGAGACAUCCACCUGAUAGAGGGGAUGUUCGGUACAGGGAUCCUGUCUUACUUCUUCUUCCUGCGUUUCCUGGUUAUGCUCAACCUGAUCAUCUUUCUGCUCAUGUUCGGCUUCGUCAUGCUGCCCAUCAUCAUUGUCCCCUAUGUUUCAGGGAAUACCACCUACAACCUGAAUAAUGGCAGUCCGUGCAGCGUGUAUCCAAGCAGUGCUCGCAGGGGUCUCGUCAUCUUUCAUGAAUACAUUACAGAUCUGCUGUCUGGGGGAGGCUUUCUUGAACAGACCUAUCUUUUCUAUGGGUACUACAAGGUGGACAAAAUCCAGUUUGCACACAUCACUUACAAUUUGCCACUGGCGUACCUGUUGACCACUCUAGCGUACUUGUUACUGAGUCUCAUCUGGAUUGUUAAAAGGUCUGCCACAGGAUUCAAGCGUAACCUGGUUCAGGAUGAGGAUCGAUUUCAGAGCUUUUGCAACAAGAUUUUUGCUGGCUGGGAUUUCUGCAUCACCAAUGAGAACGCUGCUAGGCUGAAGAGAAACAGUCUGCUCUAUGAGCUCAGGACGGAUUUGGAAGAAGAGAGGAUCAAACAGAAAAUAGCAGAUCGCACCCGCAAAGAGAGGUGUCGGAUUUACCUCAUCCGUCUCAUCCUCAAUCUUUUUGUUGUUGGUGUAUUGGCUGGUUGCUUCUACAGCAUUUAUAAAGCCACUAUCUUCUCCCAGGACGCACAGAUGAAUAAUGUAAAGGAAAAUUUCGUUUUGGAUCUCAUCAUCGAGUAUUUGCCCUCAAUUGUUAUCACCUUGGCCAACUUCAUCACUCCGCUCCUCUUCUCCAUUAUCAUCAAUUAUGAGGACUACUCUCCUGCCUUUGAGAUCCGCUUCACUCUCAUGAGGUGUGUCUUCAUGCGGUUGACCAGUAUUGUGAUUUUACUCUUCUCUCUCUGGUCUCAAAUCACUAAAUGUGAAGUGGAUCCCUGCGUCUGUGGCUAUAACCAUUUGCUUUACUCUUGUUGGGAGACUCGCAUUGGCCAGGAGAUGUACAAACUGACCAUAUUUGACUCCAUCAUCAUUGCUGCAGUCACCAUCUUUGUAGAGUUCCCCCGAAAGCUGUUAGUGAAAUACUGUGAAUGUGGCCUGACAAAGUGGUGGGGCCAGCAAGAGUUUGCAAUUCCUCAGAACGUGUUGGAGAUCGUCUAUGGUCAGACCAUCUGCUGGAUCGGCACGUUCUACUGCCCAUUGCUGCCCGCCAUCUGCACCAUCAAAUACUUCGUUAUCUUCUACAUCAAAAAGGUAUCAUUAAUCAACAACUGCCGACCAGCCACACGUCCAUUCCGAGCGUCCAGCUCCAACUUCUUCUUCCUCGGCGUGCUGCUAAUCGGCCUGGCUCUAGCCUGUCUGCCUGUCGCGGUUAGUGUAGCACAAAUGAACUCUUCCCAGGCUUGUGGACCAUUUGUUAAUUACACCAAGUCCUGGGAAGUGCUGCCAACUACGGUAUCCCAGCUACCCAGUGGAGUCCAGACCCUCCUCAUCGCCCUCUCCUCAGAGGCCUUUGCUGUUUCCUUCUUUGUUUUUACAUGUUUGGCCAUGUUUUAUGUGAUUGCAUUAGCUGGAGCUCACAAGAAAGUUAUUAACCAACUGAGGGAGCAGCUAGUCAUGGAGGGUCGUGACAAACAUUUCCUGAUCCAGAAGCUGUGCCAGGCCCAGUCUCUGUCAGCUAACAAAUCCUCAGUGUCCAAAUCCCACAGCAGCAGAAUGAGCCCCAGCUACCACACCAGCUUCUCCAGCAAUUUCAAUGAAGGGCUGUUCCUGGCACACCCACACCCCAGCUCCUCCACCCAUGUGUGAAACUCCUUAUUGUGAACACACUACAAUAUGAGAGCCUCUGUGGACCUGCUGACAUUAAUGUGUUCAUUUGUUGACAAGCUAAUUAUUAUAAAGCUACUACUAGGAUGCAAUGUUCAAGAAUUUUAAAACCAAAACCGUCAUUUCUAACAAUGUUUUUGUAGUGUUUCUUGGUUAUUGUAUGUUUUCUAUCAUUGUUUCCUUCUGAGAAGGAUUUGCCUUACUAAAAGCACUGGAGUUUAUAAAUCUUUCUGAAUUUUAUGCACUUUAAAAGUAUUAUCACUAGCAUUUCUUACUUUUAAAUCUUGUUUACACUACUAUGCAUUUAGCAUGAUCAUGUGUUUUAAAUCUAAACUUUACAUCAUCUCAAUGGUUGCAUCACAGUGCAAAGAAAUAAUACGUUUCACAGUGCUAAACUGUAACCGUGUUUUUCUUACUGUGACUUGGUUUUUGUAAGAUAACGUUUGGAUGCUGGUACUUUAUACUGUUACACCUAUUUUGAGCAAAUGCUCAUUUUUCUAUUGGGUGCCUUUUUAUAAGACUGUAGUGAUUGCCAUUAACUUUGAGCCUUAUCUUGAAACAUAAAUGCUGAAAUAAGUAAAAA